CGUUUGAUUUGUUGAAUCAAUAAAUGAAUAGUUAUUGUAAUAAAACUGUGAUUAUCAGUGUAUAAAUUUUUUAAAGUAUUUUUUUGUCAAUAAAAUGUGUUGGAAUUGGUGCCAAAAGUCCGUCAAAAUAGCCAAACCCGAGGCCAUAGUGUUGGAUUUGGAGAGUACUUUAGUAGAAAGAUAUUGGUCCUCAAAGAAACUGUUUCCGGCUCUAAGAAAUAAUAUAAAUGAUUUUCUCAAUAAAACGUUUGACAGUCCGACGACCAAACUGUUAAUAAAACUUCUUCGCAAUGAAAAAUGUGCGGGAAUUCCGCCAAUCGCUGACAGCGACGACCAACAGCCUGUCGUUCAGUCGGCCGAAGCCAACAUUCUGUGGCAAAUGGACAACAAAUUGUCAACAAUUUCGCUGAAAACGGCACAUCUGUUGUGUUGGGUCUACAUCUGUGAAAACGAUAUCCUUUUGGCCAAUAUUUAUAAAGACGUUUCCUAUGCUUUACACGAAUGGAAAGUCCGGUCGAAAAUCAAAUUGUUUGUGUAUUCAAGAGCUAACAUUUGCGCCCAAAAGUUAUUACUAGUGAAGACAAAUCACGGAAAUAUUUACCAUCUAAUCGAUGACUUCUUUGAUGCGACAAUCGGUCCGAAGAAUAACAUCCAAACUUAUAGAUCUAUUUCCGACAAAAUUGACGUUAAAGUAGAAAAUAUAGUUUACAUCACCGAUAAUCCUAAAGAGGCUAUAAGUGCUUAUAAUUCAGGCUUUAAAUCAAUACUUAUUAAGCGACCAAAUAGUAAAUAUGAUGUCCAAAAUCAGGGCCUUCCUGUCAUUAAAUCAUUUUCCGACAUUUCAUUCAAUUAA